AUGGCCGAGUGGGGCAUCUUUCUUCCCUACUCCUCCCUCCUGGAUGGCUAUGUGCCGCCAGUGCCCAACAACAUGGAUGAGGUACGCGAGAGGAUGGCACGGCGGAGGGAUUCCGUCUCUCCGUCGCGAAUUUCGGAUGCCGACAUCGAAAAAUUCCGAUCCGAAAUUUAUUGGCUUGAGAACGAGAACGCCGUCAAGGCCCAAUGCCUCCCCUACUUCGAAGGGGACCUAACUCUCGAUGACAGCGUGUUUACUGAGAGGGAAACUGUUUUUAACAAUUUGAAGCACCUCACCGAUGGCAGCCUUGUGGCAUGCCAGCCGGAUCGUUGGUACGGCGAGUCCCGCAUUCCGGACGUCUUGAGAUCCGCCGGCGACUUGGCCAAGCAUAUCGUGCCCUCUACACAGGAGGGUCGUCCGGUUGUGCCCAACUUCUUUCUGGAGGUCAAGGGUGCCAGUGGAACGCUGCACGCCGCACGACGGCAAGCGUGUUACGACGGAGCGCUAGGAGCGAGGGCCAUAAGAAACCUGCAGGUCGCCGGGCAGUCGACGCCUCCUCCCCUCGACAACAUGGCUUACACCAUUGUUACCACGCUCCAAAACGGACACUUGGACCUGUUUACGUGUCACCCAGUCCCGCCGAGGGGUACAAAUACGGCGGACGGCUAUGUGAUGACAUACGUCUCCGCUUAUAGCCUUACAAGCCCCCGUGACUUCCGGCGGGGGGUCGCCGCCUACCGAAACCUGCGGGACUGGGCCGCAGAACAACGGCGCACAGCCGUAGAGGAAGCCCACAAACGACUGGCCCCGGACUCCAGCGCAAAGUGA